GCUCGCAGCGCCAGCGGGGCCCGCACACAACGCGGCGGCGCGGGCACGUGCGCGCACUGACUGCGCGGGAACUGACACAUUCCAAAUUUAAAUUCAAAAUUAUUAAUAACAUACACAACAAAAAUAUUUUACCUUACUCUAAGUAAAUAGGUCGUGUACACUCUUUCCUGAGUGCAGUGAUGGUCACGGUGCAGUGCGAUCGCUUCCGCAUUUGAGAUAAAUAAUGAUCUUUGCGUAAUCUUCAAUUUACCAGAAAGUGGAUAACAAGAGCAAAACGAUGGUGUCUAAAGGAGCAUCAGCUAAAAUGGCACACGAGCCGGAGAGCUCGGAGGGCCAGUUUAACCUGGAGGGCAUCCUCAGCGAGCUGGGCAGCUUCGGCAAGUACCAGCUGCUGCUGCUGCUGCUGCUGGCCUUCCGCGACUCCUUCCUCGCCAUGUGCAACUACAACUACGUCUUCACUGCGGCUGAGGUUCCGCUCAGGUGCAAUGUCCCCGAGUGCGAGUACCUGGACCGUCGGUUCAACGCGUCGUGGGCAUCAUUUACGCUGAACAGCAGCAACGCCUGCCAGCGGCGAGUCAGGCUCGACGGGCCUCUGUCCAUCUUGGAGAACGACACGGCGGUCCUCAGACCUGACGAUGGGGACUGCUCUCCCGAGCGAUUCGCGGGCAACGACACCAUGCAGUGUGAGCAGGUCGUCUACAAGAACAACGAUAGCAUAGUUGCUGAGUUUGACCUCGGCUGUGAUCCCUGGAAGAGGACGAUGAUCGGCACCGUCCACAAUCUUGGUCUCGUCUUCUCUUUCUUGCUCUCGGGUUUUAUUUCGGACAGGUACGGGCGCAAGGUGAUAAUCGUAUGCACGCCGCUGGUGGUGGGCGCGGCGGGGCUGGUGAAGUCCUUCUCCGUCAACUACUGGAUGCUGCUGGUCUUCGAGUUCCUGGAGACGGCCCUGGGCUACGGCAACGCCUCGCUAGUCUUGUCCUUAGAGAGCGUCAGUCAAAAGCGGCGGGUGGUGUUCUCGUGCAUAUCUGAUAUCCUGGCGAGCUUCGGCAGCGCGUUCUUCGGCCUCAUCGCCUGGAAGGUGCCGUACUGGAGGCACAUGAUGAGGGCCAUCUACGCCCCCCUACUAGUAGUGGUCUUCUACAUCUUCUUAGUAGACGAAGGCGUGAGGUGGCUACUAGCACACAACAAGAACGACGAAGCCGUCAGAGUCCUCAAUAAAGUCGCCAAGAUUAAUAAAAUUACGUUAUCAAAGAAAGCUAAAGAGAUGAUGACUAAGAUCAGUGAUGAGACAAAUAAAUCCGAUCAGGAAAAACAAGGUCCUGUCCAAUCCACGCACCUUCUCUCCGCUCUGCGCUCGAAGAAGAUCCUGGCGCGAGUGGCGCUGAUCGCGGCGUCCUUCUUCUGCUGCAUGUUCGUGAACUACGGCACCAUCAUCAACUCCAUCAGCGUGUCGGGCAACAAGUACCUGAACUUCUCUGCGCUGCUGCUGGUGGCCAUUCCCACGCGCAUCAUCACAGCUAUCACGCUCACGCGCUUCGGCAGGAAGGCGCCGAUUUGUGUCGCCUACCUGCUCUGUUCGUUCUUCUUCAUCACAUCGGCGUUUGUUCCUAAAUCGAUCUGGUGGGCGUCGACGCUGUUCUACGUGAUCGGCAAGAUGUGCAGCAGCUACGGGCUGUUCUCGCUGACGGUGGUGGCGCUGGAGGUGUUCCCCACGGCCUCGCGCAACACGCUCACCAACACCGCCAACACCAUCGGCCGCCUCGGCGCCGUGCUGGCGCCGCAGGCUCCCUUGCUGAAUCAAUACAUGCAUGGUCUUCCGAGCAUCACCUUCGGCAUCGUGGCCCUGGGGCCGGCGCUGCUGGCGUUGCUGCUGCCCGACACCGGGAACACUGCUCUCCCCGAGGACAUCCGCGAGGCUGAGAAGCUCGGCGACCCCGACCAGGCCGACCACGAACACCAACCGCAGCCGGAGAGCGAUCGAGAAAGACAGGGUCAGAAACAAAACGACGAGAAAAAGGACGUCGAAAGUGCGCGAUGAAGAGAACGUGACUUCCAAGGGAGUCGUCUCGCGCCCAAAACAAAGACUUUCAAACCCGGGCCCACUUCAAGUGACAGACUUUAUGAAUGAGCUGCCAUAUGAUGCUAUGAUUGAUUAGUGAUUUUAAUUUUAAAUAGAAUCAGUCCAGUAUUACGUUGAUCAAUACUGAUUUGGUCAGCUUAGGCUGCAUAUAGACACAAGAUUGUAUAAAUAUAAUAUAAAAUGAUGUUGCUGCUAUUUCCAAGACAAAUAGGAACGGAUUAAUUGAUUAUGAUAUUUAUUAUUUUUGUAUUUACCGUUUUUCCAUGAUGGUGUCAUGGAAAUCCUUUAGCUGCGUUUUCUCCACUACUCGUUUAAUAAAUAUGGUAGUAUAAUAAUAUCUGUGUAUCAGAAAAACAUCUCAAUAAUCAUCUUAUUGUCACUGAACUUUGCCAAUCCAUAUUUUGACUUUUAAGAUAACAUAAUUAAUACAUUGAUAUUAACAAUCACUGAUCCUUGUUGUGGAAAGUUUGGCAUUAACGAAGGUUAUCUUUAUCAGCGACAAUGAGCAACCCUCUGGUUGCUUUAUUUAAUUACUUUGUUUUGAAGUUCUGGUUGAUGACUGCGGAUAUAAAUUGCGAUAAAACGAUUAAAAUAAUCCGAGACAAUACGUGGCGCAUAAAAUGAGCCACGAAGAACACUUGGCAAUCAUGUCUCAUUAUGAAAAAGGGAGUAAUUUUUCAGGUGAAAGCUUUCACAUACUAUAGCCUUUUUUACAAGGCAAACCCCGAAAAAGUGGAAGAUAAUUUGUUAAGGUUUGUUUAUAGAAAUGGGACAACGCAAUGCCGAUUUUCGAUACUUAUCAUCAUUAGUAUACAAUAUUAAUUUUAUGCACUUACAAGGAAUUUCAAAUUACUAAUAAUUAAAUAUUUCCUAUACUGAGGCAGUUACCAUGCAGUGUCUGUGAUUUAAGUAUACAGUAAUUUAAGGAGUACCUACUUAGAACAAUUCACGGAUUGACGGUGUAAUAAUAAUAUGCGUUAUUUUAAGUGUGUUAGUUUGUAUUUUCAUGUCAUUACAGCGUUUAUAUCCUAGUUUUAGUGGUUAAACUGCGAUCUGACUACGAAUCUAAAAAUAAUUUAUUUUGCUGUACCCAAAUACAAUUUGAUUUCAUGGCUUGCCUUGUAAUGUUAUUUUAUGUAUAUUUUUAUCUAGAUGUAAAAUGUAAGCU